AUGAGCUCUGGUUCACUCAAGACAGGCCCGCCGUCGAGACUAGGCCAAGGCUCUCAUGCUGCGGCCACGGCCAACAACCAGUCACUACUCCUCGACAAGUUGCAUGCUCGAACGUCCACGCCAGAUUCAGAAGCUCUCGCUAGCUCAGACGACGAAGGCGACCAUCGCCAAGAGUCCGCACACACAGCUACACAGUCCAGCUCUCAACCACCAAAACCUGUUCGAAGACCUUCGUGGUUGAACGAAACCUCACAGACCUUAGGCCGUCCUCGCAAAGGAUCAUUUGCUAGUAGCUCAAUGUCGCCCACAGCUUCACAUCCCAGCACUCCAUCUGCCGAGGCUGGUGCGGGCGCCUGGGGCUCGCACUCAACGUCGUCCGUCAUGGGCCGGCCAGCAGGGUCAUCCGCCUUCCCAUGGGGAACUGGAAUCUGGAACGCUGAGCGCAAGGAUCCUCCCUCGAGACUCAGCGAAGUUCUGCCAUCCCCUACAUCAACCAUGCCUCCAGGAACUGCAGGCAACUCCUUCUUUGGUGGUGACACGCAGACGUCUCCGGUAUCGCGGGAUUCUGGGCCCAACCCUCAAAUCCCUUUCGCGAUCCCCCUUCACCCCACACCUAAAACCUACCGGUCUCAGUCGUAUUCAGUUGGUCAGCUCGAUCCUGAGUCAACGGCCGCUCCGCCUGCUAUGAGCUCCUCGGCUAUCUUGGGGCGUGCUCGCCAUCCUGUUCUUAGCCAUCGACCUUCUCGCCCUAGUAUGUUGAGCGAAAUGGCCAACGAUGGCUCAAUGCUCGGGAAAGUGAAGGAAGUAGAGGAUGAUGACGACGAGAGCCCAAAUGAAUCGCUGCAGGAAUCUUGGCACCAACACCAACCCUCUCAACAAACCUCUGACGCCAAAACCAUCGAGAUGCUCGCGCGAGAAAACGCAAUUCUACGCCAGCAACAAACGCAGUAUAAUGCACGCAUUCGGCCUCGGGCUGUGACCGGAUCUGGCUAUAUGGGAAAUGGCUAUUCAUUGCGAGAGACCGUGCCAGAAGAAUCCGAUUUUGCCAUUGACGAGCUUGAUGAAGCAAACGAGGCAGGCGACAUGUUGGCCAAACGAGCUCUAAAUCGCCGGAUGAGUGAAUAUGGACCGGCAUCUAUUCGCGCUCCGUUUGGCGUUGAUGGCCGAAAGGUUGAUAAUACCAACCUCAAGAAGGCCCUCUGGUCGACCUCGCUCGGAUUCCCUGUCACAGACGUCUCGCAGAGCAGACGACACUCUUUCGCCAACAUGCCCACUCGUCAGGGAUCUAUCAGCUCUAUCCCAGACUCUACCUCAGUUCUUGAGCCUUCCGCAACCGAAAUGCAGCAAUCUCAAGACUUUCCUCCCGGCUACCCCGACGCUUCUGCGUUCGGAGCCGCUGCUCACGCUGGUCAGUACUUUGGCGGAGCUGCGAACGUGGGAAAUGCGUACCAGACCGGAUUCCCAAGCCAGUACUCGUCCUAUGGCCUUCCUAACCCCUACGCGAAUCGCGCGCCAUCUCCUCAUCGCAAUGUGUAUAGCAUCGCUCAGCCCCGGCACAACCAGCUGCUCCACAUCGUCUUGUUCAAAUGCGCCAGGGCCGACGUCUUCUACAUCCAAGAGGGCACUGGACUCACUGUCAAGCCUGGAGAUCUAGUCAUAGUUGAAGCUGAUCGUGGCACUGACCUUGGGACCGUGGCCAAGGACAACGUCGACUGGCAGACAGCCAAGGAGCUCAAAGAACACUAUGCCGAGGAGCAGUACAAGUGGCUCAUGAUGUACUCCCAGGGUGCCGCCGCUGCGCAAGAGGGAGCUGGGGCUGGUCUUCUUGCCUCUUCCACCGGCCUCCAGGGGAGCGCCGUUGGGGGCAUGGGGCCUCCAAGCCAGCAUCAUGCUCAAGAGCCAAAUGCUGGCGAGCUCCGGCCCAAGCUCAUCAAGCGCCUUGCCCAAAGUCAUGAGGUGCACGCCUUGCGGGACAAGGAGGGGCAAGAAGCAAAGGCCAAGCGGGUGUGCAUGCAGAAAGUCAAGGAGCAUGGACUCAACAUGGAGAUCCUGGAUGCUGAAUUCCAGAUGGAUUGGAAGAAGUUGACCUUCUACUACUUUGCCGACUCGUACAUCAACUUCAACUCUCUCGUUACGGACCUGUUCAAGAUCUACAAAACGCGAAUCUGGAUGUCUGCUAUUAACCCAGCCUCUUUCGCCAGCCCAACUCUCGGUAUCCAGGCUCCAAGCGGCAUUGGCCCUGGUGCUGUGGGAGUUAACCGUGCCACCGGUGGCAGUGAUCGACGGCAGAACCAGCAAAACCAGGAGUCGCACCAAGCCACGGCCUUCACAGCUGGGGCUAGAGACAGCCGUGGGUUCCGGCCAACAUUCAGCCAGCCCUAUGGCAACGAAAGCCGCCUUGCUCAGGCGCCUGGCUAUCCCCCUUCCAACUACCCAUACGGGCAGUUUAGUCCGUUUGGCAAUCCCAACCCCAGAACCAACGUUCCUUACGGAACAGGAGCUGUCCCGGCCAUGGAGGGCUUCCCUGGAGGCCAGGUUCAGCAUCCUGCAGACUUUCAGUCUAUGCGACAGCGCUUCCCUAACCCGCAGUCUGGGCCGAGUCCUACGCCACACUCGCAGGGAGCAUCGCCCUUGGCUCCCCAGAAUGACUGGGUGGGAUCGUUUCAGGGACUCUCGCUCAACACUCAUUGA